CUUCUGGCAGUGUAGUUUCGAGCUUUUUGGCGAGAAAAGCAACUUCCGCGCCAACCCAAAAAUUGUCGCCGAGGCGAUCUCUGGCUUUGACAGUACUAGGGGUUACUAUCGCUCCUUCAAUGACAUCGAAAAUCUGCAAGUCCGCCACAACCCGCGAGUGGUUUUCGCGGGGUUGCUGCGGGGAUGGGAAUAUGUAGAUGAAGGUUGGGACAAGAAUAAACAGCGGUAUGAGCCGCGACCUUUUUUCUACCCGAGACAAACCGGACGAAAUUCUAGCGAAGACACGCAGAAGCAACGGUACUUCAACGCGGAUAGUUUCCUUGCGCGGAAAAUCGAGGAGGGCUGCAUCACGGAUUGGGAGAGGGACAUCCCGAAAAUUGCGAGACAGCACGAAAUGGUAGUCUUGGCUGGGAUAAAAAGCAACCCCAGGCUGAUCACAAGUUGGGAUACACAAGUCGUUUUGAAACACAAUCUUGAGGUGGUGAAGGCGGCACUGGAAACUCCAUUGAUCACGGAUUAUGAGAAGCAAAUCCCCGAUGCGCUAAAGGACCAGCCGGAAGUGCUCGUAAAAGGGAUCGACCGUGGUUUGAUCCAGUAUUUGAAGCGGUAUCGCUUCAAGCGGAUCCUUACCAUUCCAGAGCAGCACGGGCUACUGUAUCAUGACGAUAUCGGUACUCGCAUGAUAAAUGAUAGUCUCCCCGGUUUCACGAUACCAGGAAACCGACGCGCACUGUUUCCGCGGUGGAGUGAAGAAGACCGGAACAACGUGAUGCAAGCGGCCCUGCGAAAAAAAUUGAUUUAUUUCGUAACAAGCAACGAGGACCUGCUCCGAAGUAGAAGUUGCGAAAGAACGGGCGUCGAGCUUGUCGACAAAAAUGCCGAGGAGAUCUUCAUGCAGAUGGAUCGCCCCACGCAGAGCAGUUGGAGUUCUUCCGUGGACAUGGAGAUUACCGCUCAGAUAUACAAACAGUUGAAGACGUUUACCAAGCCAGCGAAUGUAAGGGGGAAGUGUUUGGUUCUGAAAGUGGACGACGUCGACCGUACAAGAAGUAGUGGGACGAGAAGUGGCAAAGCGAAGACGAAGAGCUGCUCCACCACGUCGUCGCUGUCAUCAUCCACUGGCGCUAGAAGUAGUACGAAGCCACCGAAGGCGGAUACUUCUUCGAGGAACGCAUCUUCGUCCUCGCGGGCUGCUUCGCUUUGCGUCCCUACUGCUGGGCAGCAAGAAGGAGCUGACUUGUCGUGGUCCAUAUCUACUUCGUCGCCGCUCCAAGCGACAGCAGAGGCACAACCAGCUGCGUUGCGUGUUGUGGGUGGAGGCUGCUAUCCUACUUAUCCGGCAGGUUUCGCAAUACAGCCACGAGUGGAUCCUGUGGAUCGACGUGUAGUUCCUGGAAUCGCUGCGGCCUCGUCAUUCCGUAGUUGUACUUCCUACAGGGCACCACGACCAGCGUCUGUAGCGUCAGCAUUUUCACAUUCAUCCAGAACAUCUCGAUCUGCUCAACGAGCGCCAGGCGGUAGCGGUUGCAAUGGUGCUUCGUCUUCCACUUCUUUGCACAGGGCAGUAGACGCAGAAGGUGGAGGUCCUUUUCAUCAGAGAGGAUCUGGAUCAUCUGCCACAAUAGUACAACAAGAAAGCCCGACCGCACUUCUAGCUGCAUCUACUCGGCCUGGUAGUAGUGCACCAGAAGUCCUCCGGGCGGCGCGAUCGUCUGCGGAGGACGUGGAUGCUGGGCUGGCUAGGCGAAGAUGCUCGCUGGGUGCUGGUACAGCUUCAAUAAGGCCGCGAUCAGACGAUUCCUUCUUGAGCCAGCUGCAACGGCCUGCGGGGGAGAACCGAGAUCGUGGUGUGUCAGGUGCAUCAACCUUCGCGGAUCGUGUUCAUGAGGAGCGGAUCAGGCAAGAAAGAGUGGCAGCUGGAAAACAACGGAGUAAAUCGAAAAAUGGGAAAAAUAAAAUUUACCGAGUAUAGUAUGUAAGGACUUUGUUUGUAGCACAUGGAAAUAAUUUAGUACCGGCUGAAAGCCCAAGCCCAAGGCGACUUUCAGAACAAAUUACGCAUCAAUUAGUGGCCUGUAUUUCUACAUAUCUGUGAGUUUUCUGCUUCAAUAUGAUAAAGUGGUGCACUUCUAUUUGUAGUUACUUUAGUCGGCGAAAGAUGAUGCUUCGCAUCAAAUAUUUUGCACCUCCUUCACUUAUGAAGUCCAUAAUUCACACUGCAGUUAAAUAUUAAACUCGAAACGGAACAAAGCACUCACCAUCCGCAGCAGUCACUUCGCAACAGAAUGUAACUGUUCAAUUUCUACAGUACUUGUAGUUGACGUUGAUCAUGGAUACGUAGCAAUGACCUUGGUAUCUUUGGGAUAAGUACAACACGGACGAUGUUACAACAAGAAAGGCGGACAUACUACGUCACGCUCAAGAAGUCACGAACGUACAU